GGGAAAAAGAGAAAGCUCUCGUGGGUAGUUAAUGACAGCCUGAAAGGAGAGAGAGAGCGAUUUGGCACCUUUCUUCUUGGGUAGGAAUGCACGCCGCCUGAUUGAGGGGGAUGAAGUGACAGAGAGGUCCAGAAUCUCUCUUGAUUUUUGAGGAAAUACCCAGUAACAAACAUGACUGAGUUCUGGCUUAUAUCUGCUCCUGGGGAGAAAACCUGUCAGCAAACAUGGGAGAAAUUGCAUGCGGCAACUUCAAAGAACAAUAAUCUUGCUGUGACUUCCAAGUUCAAUAUUCCUGACUUAAAGGUUGGCACGCUGGAUGUCUUGGUUGGCUUGUCAGAUGAACUGGCUAAACUGGAUGCAUUUGUAGAAGGAGUGGUUAAGAAAGUGGCUCAAUACAUGGCUGAUGUAUUGGAAGAUAGUAAAGACAAAGUUCAAGAGAAUCUGUUGGCUAAUGGAGUGGACUUGGUUACUUAUAUAACAAGGUUCCAGUGGGACAUGGCCAAAUAUCCAAUCAAGCAGUCCCUGAAAAAUAUUUCUGAAAUAAUUGCCAAGGGAGUAACUCAGAUUGAUAAUGACCUGAAAUCUCGAGCAUCUGCAUACAAUAACCUGAAAGGAAAUCUUCAGAAUUUGGAACGAAAGAAUGCAGGAAGUUUGCUAACUAGAAGUCUAGCAGAAAUUGUGAAGAAGGAUGACUUUGUUCUUGAUUCAGAGUAUCUCGUCACAUUACUGGUAGUAGUUCCCAAGUUAAACCACAAUGACUGGAUUAAGCAGUAUGAAACACUAGCCGAAAUGGUAGUUCCAAGGUCUAGCAAUGUUCUUUCAGAGGACCAAGACAGUUACCUGUGUAAUGUCACCUUGUUUAGGAAGGCAGUUGAUGACUUCAGACACAAAGCCAGGGAAAACAAAUUCAUUGUUCGUGACUUCCAGUAUAACGAAGAGGAGAUGAAAGCAGAUAAGGAAGAAAUGAACAGGCUUUCUACUGAUAAGAAAAAACAAUUUGGACCACUUGUGCGGUGGCUGAAAGUGAAUUUUAGUGAAGCAUUUAUUGCAUGGAUUCAUGUGAAAGCGUUACGGGUUUUUGUUGAGUCUGUUUUAAGGUAUGGCUUGCCAGUGAACUUCCAAGCAAUGCUACUUCAGCCUAAUAAGAAAACUUUGAAGAAACUGAGAGAAGUAUUACAUGAAUUGUAUAAACAUCUAGACAGCAGUGCAGCAGCUAUUAUUGAUGCUCCUAUGGAUAUUCCAGGUUUAAACCUGAGUCAACAAGAAUACUACCCCUAUGUGUACUACAAGAUUGAUUGCAACUUGCUGGAAUUCAAGUGAAAAUGGGCUCCUCCCCCGACAAUCCUGUCCUUGUGUUGGUGUGUGCUAACAGAAAUAAGUUGCAGUAUGGUCGUACUUUCACCUCUAGUAUCCUUUGCUUGCUUCUGACCCCCUUUCGUAGGUGAAUUCUCCCACAGUGGUCUGUAUCUCAACAUUUUCUUUUUAAAGGAAAAUAUAUAUAUAUAUAGUUUCUUUUUAUUGAUCAGGUCUGUAAAUGUGUACUAAAAAAAUCAGAGUUUAUUUAUAAACAGAAUAGUUUAUUUAAAGAGAAGGUCUUUUCCUUAUUGAUAUCAUGGUAUGCAUUAAUUCCAUUUGUUACUAUUGUGCACAAAAGCCCUGUUCACAAGGGAAUAGUGUAAACAUUUAUACUGUUUUGUUCACUGUAUUUAGUAGACAUAACUGUUGAAUAGUUACUGAAUCGUGAUGUAAAGAAUAUGUGACCAUCUUCAGGUAUGGGAUUUCUAAAUGUUUCAAAUUUCAAUCAAUGAGCACUGUCAACACCCACAGGAAGAAUAAAAUUACCUGUGCAAAGGUGUAUUGUGGUGUGUGUAACUUAAGAUUACAGUUCAGUUUGAGAGUUAAAUGAUGUCAUAGCUCACUUGCUAUGAUACUGCCAGGAUUUUGUUAUGUGCUGAGGUGUAACCAUUUGUGUUAUCUGACGUAUGAUUUAAUUGAGCCAAAUUUGGGUCAGAACUAAAUUUGAAGAUUACUUCUCAGUAUAUGAUGGGUAUUUACAUUUGAACACUAGAAUUUUAGGUCUCUCAAAUAAGUGUAGGGCCAGUUUUGAAUAAAGUCUAGCAGAACUAUGCAGCUUUAGUCAUUUGUUUUGUCUAAAUCUGUAUUUUACGUAUUUUCUUCUUAAGAUCUAUAAUUUUGGCAUUUAUGUCAUUUGUGACGUCUGAAAAUAGAGACAUUGGUGGCCUUUAAAAUCUCAGAAGUGAAUGACUUAGUGUAGUGUCCUGAAAGAGCUUUUAAAAGAGGAUUUUGUGGCAAUGCUUCUCUUACUAUGUACUCACAGGUUUGCAAAUGGGAGAAAGAAGUUUACAUUUCAGUUUAGGGGCAUGUCUAAGCUGUGCUAUUCCCUUUAGAAAAUUAGCCUCCAGAAUAUUUUGUUUCAAAAUUUUAUGUCAUUUCAUAAAUAACUUUAAGCAAAUACAGAUGUCCACAAUGUAGAACAUGAGAGACCCCCUCCAUCAAUUUCCACCUCCCAAGGGAAGUUUAUGUAUUUUUCUAGGCCCUUUUCUAUGUCUUUACAUCUCUCUCUCUCACACACACACAUAUACACACACAGAGUUUAUUUUUAAUAAAAUAGGAUUAUACUAUGCACAUUCUGUCACUUGCUUUUUUGCUUAAUAGUAUAUCUAAGAUAAUCCUUUAUGUCAGUGAAGCUAGAGCUACCUCAUUCUUUUAACCAGCUACAUGGUGUUCCAUCGAGUGUCUGCCAUCAUGUGUUUAGCCGAGUGAAUGGUUAGUCUGCUUGUUUUUAGUUUUUGCUGUUAACAAACACUGCUGCAGUCAGCAUCCUUGCACAGAUUUCUUUGUAUACUUGUAUUAGUUUUUCUGUAAGAUCCCAGAAGUAGAAUUUGCAGGGUCGUAGGUUAUGUACAUUUAAGUUUUUGACACUCACUGCCAAUUCCUCUGUCAGAAUUCUAAACUAAAGACAUGUUUGGAAUGUGGAUUUAUCUUCAGUUUUUCCUUGGACAAGAGAAAGCUGUGAAAAAUUUUGAUAUCAGAAAAUUCUGGUUUUUUGUCUUCUUUUGCAAAACAUGUCACUAACCUGAAGCUCAGCCACACAGUGACUUUUAAGGUUUUAUUUAGACUUUACUGUUGUUCUCAUGAGAAUAGGUACAGACUGCGUAAGGUUUAAAAUCCCAGCAUAUGUCGAAACUACGGGACUUUCACUGUGGUUUCCGCCAGGGGACUUACAGCAGAGUGGCUGAGCGCAUGCUCUGAGGCCAGGUCCCAGCUCUGCUGCCGACGAGCUGUGUUGUCCUGGGCAGAAUGGUCUCUGAGUUCCAGUCCCUCCUCUGGAAAAUGGGCAUGGUUAGAGUGGCCACCUCGUUAGGGAUGUUGGGGUGAGUUGGUGUGACCCCAUGUGCACAGAGAGUGCUGCGAGUGGUGCACCGUGAGAGGCUGAUGCAGGUACUUAGCCCUUGGGGAACACAUGUAGUUCCUUUUCACUGUGUUUAAUUUGGGAAAAUCCAGGUCCACAUCAUUGUAGAGUCCAAGGGUUAGAAGGAAGUCAUUGUGUCUAACAUAACGUCGGAGCAGUUUGUGUCACUGAGCUCCAGUCUGUGCUGGAUUAUUGAUAUUGUUGGUGGCCGUCACCAUUCCUGGGAAGGGACUGUCCCAGGCCACUUGCCUCCCCGAGGAGUCUCCUGGUUCUCCUCGAGGAUAGUGCUUAGAUAACAGACUCAUUAAACAUUUACUGAGCGUCUGUCAGGAAUCAUUCACAUCCACACCAUCCUCCCGGCCCCUCCCUGUGUUGUUCAUGGAGGGAGCACUGGCAGUCCCCAUUUUCAUGUAUGGAGACUUCAGGUCAAAUAAGUGAAUUAUUUGUUGAGUUACAAAUUUUGAGCCAGUCAGAAUUUGAACCUAAGAUUUCUGACUGCGGGGUGUCACACUUCCCGCCCCACACUCAACUGUUGUAUGAAUGAGCCAGACACAUUCCUUGACCUGAGUCCGAGAUGGACAAUGGUAUAGGGAAGAUACUAGGUAUGGAGAAUCAGAUGUUAACUUGUAUUGCUAUUUGGUUUGGUUUUUUUGAGACAAGGUCUUGCUCUGUCACCCAGGCUGGAGUGCAGUGGCAUGAUCAGGGCUUACUGCAGCCUCAACCUUGACUGCCUGGGCUCAAGCAAUCCUCCCACCUCAGCCCCCCAAGUAGCUGGGCCUACAUGUUUGCACUACCAUGCCUGGCCAAUUUUUUAAAUUUUAGCACAGAUGAGGUCUCACUAUGUUGCCCGGGCUGGUCUCGAACUCCUGAGCUCAAGGGUUCCUCCUGCCUCAGCCUCCCAAAGUGUUGGAGUUACAGGUGUGAGCCACCGUGCCUGGCCUGUGUUGCUAUUAUUUUUGGCAGGAACCCAGGAGUCCAGAACAUUUCAUCUGUGAUGGGUUAGAUAAUGUGUCUAGUUGUUUGCAUGCCAAUCUUAGUAGCCUCAGUUAUUCAACCUAGGAGAUUUUUCUACCUCUCUACUACCCUGCUGAAGUUGCUCUUCAGCAGAAAAUCUUUGUGGAACAUAUUCCACACUUUGAAAUCUUCGUGGGACAAAAGAUCUUUGUGGAACCAAUCUUUGUGGAACAUAUUCCAGCUUUUUGAAUGAGUGCAUAUCCAGUAGUACCUUUAAAGUUAUACUUUGUACAUAACAAAUACUCAGCAAAUGUGAACCUUUAUUUGCUCUUACUUCAAAAUUAGUCCCAAAUGUUGGAAAUAAAAUAUAGGACAUUGAUCUAGAUAUGAGGUUUUUCUCCUUCAUUCUCAGAUGUUGAAGAAAUCAAAGUAGCAUAUGCACAAGGUUAAAAACCACAUAUACAAAUAUUAUAGAACAGCUUAUAAUGAAAACUUUGCCUGCCUUUAUAAAAAAUGUGAUUAUCUUCUUCUGUUAAUGUCAAUAAAAGAUGGUUUGUCCUAGAAGGUCUAAAAAUGGUAUUAUGUUCUGGAGGAAACCUAGCAAAAACUUUCCUAGUUUAGUACUUGUCUCUAAAUUGAUGUUCACCCAUUUCAAUAUUGCAGACUUGUUCAUGGUCUUUAUUUUUCUAGCGUAGGUAACAGUUGAUUCUUUAGAUUCAUAUAUGCAGGAAAUUCUUGCUUUCUAAAAAAAGGAAUAUGGGACAUUGGAACCAUUUUAUUCAUCAGUGGAUUUACCCUUAGAGUAUUUUUAGAUCUGAGCUGAUGACUUGUUAGAGAAAAAGGGAACAGAGUAAAGCCAUGGAAGCCGGGAACAGUAGGAGACUGCCGCCUGGCAUGGUUUCUUCUUCUGGAGAAGAUGAAACUGAGGAGAAACAAGAAAACAUCCUUCAUACCAAGAAUGGUCAAGAUGAUGCAAGAAGAAAAAGGCUUUCAAACAAAUCAGAAGGCAGUCAACAAACACAAGGGGGACAUUCCUUCUCUGGCAGUUGCUCAAAACUGAAAUUACUUACUGUGUACACUGGGGCUUGUACUUGGGGAAUUUAAUAAAAAUGCUCAUUACCAAACUC